AUGGCCUCAACUAACGCGGACCUCAUUUGUGGUGUAUGCACAAAAUUGAUGAGCGACCCUUACAGUCUGCCAUGUGGGCACACGUUCUGCUUGAGACCCUGCCUGCUGCCUCACGCCAGAGCGAUGACAGCGCGCUGCAUCCGUUGUCAUGCGACGUUCGACUUGGCUAAACUGCGUCCCAACUAUACUAUUGCAGCGAAGCUCACUCUGAUCUCGACAAAACACGAACAGCAGCAAGAUCAGAUGCCGAAGCAGCAGGCGAAGAACAAAGGCGACUGUGUGGAGGAGAUGUCGAUUGCACCUGCAGGAGACCAGUCGGAGCGAAAGAAGUGGAUACUUGCCAUCAUUGUCAUUGCAACAUCUGUUCGCAGUGCCGUGAGAAACACCGCGACAGUGGGUCAGUUGAAGCAAUACUUUGCCCAGUACGGUACCGUCACCGGCUGCUGCAUUGCGCGGGACUACAAAACAAAAGAGUCGAGGGGCUUUGGCUUCGUGACCUUCCGAGAGGAAGCGCACGCCGCUCGUGCACUGGCUGGCUGCCCGCACUUUAUCGAGGGUGGCCCCAUCAGUGUGAGACCCUCUAUUUUGAAGGCGAAAAAGGAGAAAACGAUGCCUGUCUCCUCCUCUGCCAAGUAUGCUAGUCUUUUAUCUGAAUUGCGGACUUGA